AUAAAAGUAAAAUGAAAUGCAGAAUUUCAUUAAAAUGUCGAUAAACAUUAUACAGUCAAAGGGAGAUCACUCUUAAUCCUAUCAUAGAAGUGAAAGACAGACCCAGUUGGAAAGAAAAAAAUGUCUGAUCACUCUUUGUCUGAAUACCUCAACACAGCAUUGGAAGUGGCCCAGAAAGCAGGAGAGGUCGUCAAAGAUGCAUUUUACAAAGAUAAAGAUCAGAAAACAAAAGAAUCGUACGCAGAUAUUGUCACGGAAACCGACCAAGCUGUAGAGAAAAUGAUCAUCUCUUUACUUCAGGACAAAUACCCAUCUCAUAAGUUUAUUGGGGAGGAAUCCACAGCAGAAGGGAAGAAAGUAGAAUGGACCGACACACCAACCUGGAUUAUUGAUCCAAUUGAUGGAACAGCCAACUUUGUACACAACAUUCCUCAGACCUGUGUUUGUAUUGGUCUGUCUAUUAACAGAGAGAUGGUGGUAGGGGUUGUACAUCUUCCUGUAACAGGACAGACGUACUCAGCAUCCAGAGGGGGCGGAGCUUAUUGUAACAAACAGAAAAUAACAGUCUCCAAGGUCAAAGAUCUUAAGAAGUCCGUUAUUAUAACUGAGGCUGGGAAUUCUAGAGAUUCACAGAUACUGUCAACAAAGAUGAAGAAUGUCCACAAAGUGGUGGAGGCCUCACAUGGGGUACGUAUGCUGGGUUCUGCCGCUGUCAAUAUGUGUAUGGUUGCUUCAGGAAGUGGGGAGGCCUAUUUUGAGUAUGGCAUUCACAUCUGGGACUUUGCUGCAGCUGGGAUAAUAUUUACUGAAGCAGGGGGCCUCUUGUUGGACCCUUCAGGGAGAGAUGUUGAUUUCCUGAGCAGACAGGUGUUAGCUGCCUGUAAUCAAUCCAUCGCGGACCAGUUAAUUCCUUUACUCACACACAUAGAAUUUGAACGAGACUAGCACAACCAAUUUUUAGUUUUAAAUAAUACAUGAUCUCUAGCUUAAUUUUGUGUUGAUAUGUAUGUCUUUAUGAAUGUUUAAUUAGUAUUUAUCAACAAUGAUCAAGUGCAAUAAUAAUUUGUUAGAGCUAUACCUGUAUAUGUAAUAAAUUUCAAAAUCU